GAGGAAACACGCUGGAAAAUCUGACGAUUUGACGCGCGCGUAAUGAUUGGCGUUUUCUCGUCUGAGCCCUAAAUCCUCGUAUUUCACUUUCCCUCCGUAGCUCCGAAGCUUUUCUUCUGCCAGGGGUGUUCGUCGGAGAAGCAUUAGCGAUGGCGAGGAGUUGCAGGAUUUACUACACCGCAAGAACAGCCGUAUUAUUAUUUUUCUUUUUGAUCCUGUUCGCAUCGAUUGCUCAUUCUUACCGGUCUGGAGAUAUCGUUCCCAUGAGCAAGAUGGGUCAAUACCAUGCGUCCAGAACUCCUUGGCAUGAUGUGAUCGGUCGCCAUUGCCCAAUCUUCGGUGUGAAUCGUGAGGUAUUGAUGCCCAUAGCGAAGCCUACAGGUUACACUGGUGCUGAUCCCUAUAAAAUAUCAUUUCAAGUCGGAAGGGAGAAGUUCCUUAUUCCAUGGCUUUUUGUAAUUAAUCGGAAGAGCGCAGAAGUCCCAAUGAUUGACGUCCAUCUGAGGUAUUCAGGGGGCGAUAUACUUGGCGUCACGGCUAAAGUUGUGGACAUGCCCCAUCAUUAUAUUGAAAUUCAUCCACAGAUACGUAAGCAGUUCUGGGAUCCGCAACAUUGGCCUAAACAUGUGCUUCUCAGAUAUACAUG